ACUUGUAACUUGCAUCAGCAGAAGUUGGUUCAAUAAAAGGUCCCAGCUUCUCUUUCAUGCUGUGAACCAAGGAGUAGAGAGAGAUGAUCACAGAACUUAAACAACCAGGUACUUGAAUUCAGGAACUGUGUCUGUAGACAGGUGGAGUGGCCUCCCUCUGACGCUGACAGGAUACUCCCUGCCCUCUGGUGGACGGAGCCAGGUCAGGCCCAACCUUUGCACCAGAAGCAGAGGCGUGGAACAGGAAGUAUAAGAUGUGGGGCCUCCAGCUCAGUUGAGGGAGAGCCAGGGAAGGAGUUGGAUUCCUCUGCCUUAUUGCUGACCCUUGAGCCAGAGACCGAGCUGUACCAACCCCUGCCCCUGGAGGAAUACCCUGAGGAGCUGCCGAAUACUCUGAGGAGUCUGAGGGCCCGUGAGCAACGAAGCCCUUCAAACAGAUGGAUAUAAUUAAAUAUACAGAUAGAAGUAUGGGAAUGGACGACAGCAUUCCACUGUUGGUGGAACCCUUUGACUGAAGAAAAGAAAUAUUCAGUAUAAAUAGAUAAAGAGUAAGAGAGAAGUGGUGGAACUGUAACUCACUACACUAACUUAUAUGAACCAACCGUUAUUUAUGCCACUGGGAUGCUGAAAGUCCUGGAAACAUGUUGUGUAAGAAAUGACAGAGAAUUUGCAAAGCCGUUGCCUAGCAAAUUGGAACAUGGAGAUGAAGCUAGAUCCUGCUAAGGAUGACCUACCCCUAAUGGCCAACACACGCCACAUGCUCGUAAAGCAUUAUGUAUUGGACUUAGAUGUGGAUUUUAAAAGCCAAGUUAUUGAAGGCACCGUAGUUCUCUUUUUUGAGCCUGGGAGCAGAUGCGAAAAAGGAGGCAGUGCUGGGGAAGGACCCUGCCUUUCACAGUCAUAUGAAACAUGCAAAAUUAGGGCAUCUGAACCUUGUCACAGUCCUGUGACAAAUGUAAGUGCCUGCUCAUCUAAAACAGAAUAUAAUGAUUUUGCAGUCUGUGCUAAAGGUGAAAAAGAUACUUCUGAUAAAAAUGGUAACCAUAGCAACAGAGAACAGGUUUCUGGGAUUUCUAGUUCAAAGAACUGCUAUGACAUAGAGAAUCAUGGGAAUGAAGAUUUUUUGCUGGUAUUGGACUGCUGUGAUUUAUCUGUGUUAAAGGUUGAGGAGGUAGAUGUUGCUGCUGUGCCAGGUAUUGAAAAAUUUACAAGGUCUGCCAAGCUAACUGAUGCUGAAGAGCUGAGAAAUCUUAGGAAUCAGAUUGUACAUGAACUUGUGACUUUACCUGCAGAUCAUUGGAGGGAACAGCUAUACUAUUACACCCGCUGCAGCCAGGCACCUGGUUGUGGAGAGCUUCUGUUUUCCACUGGCCCUUGGAGCUUGAUGAUAGGGAAAGCAGAGGUUCAAGCACCAAGAGACUUCCCUCAUGCAAUAAGGAUAUGGUACAAAACAAAGCCAGAGGGAAGAUCAGUUACAUGGACCACAGACCAGAGUAGCAGGCCAUGUGUUUAUACGAUGGGGUCUCCAAUAAACAACAGGGCCCUUUUUCCAUGUCAGGAGCCACCGGUUGCCAUGUCAACAUGGCAAACCACAGUCCGAACAGCUUCUUGCUUUGUUGUCUUAAUGAGUGGUGAAAAUUCAGCAGAACCAGUACAACUUCAAGAAGGUGUUUUAAGUUGGUACUAUUAUGUGACCAUGCCCAUGCCAGCAUCCACCUUUACUAUUGCUAUUGGGUGUUGGACAGAAGUUAAACAGGAAUCCCACAUAGCUGACAUCCGGACAACUAACGAGUUUUCCUCUCUGUUUUCAAGGGCCGAUCUCAGGUUGAUCGAAGGGAGCUGUGGUCAUGUGACAUAUCCUUGCCGUUUCCAAAAUCCUGCUGCCAGUUCUCAGCUAGUCAUUCCUCAUCGAGUCUUUGCUCCAUGGUGCCUUAAGGAUCGCUGUGCAGAGAUCCUUCUUGAGCUGAUUCCUCGGUGCCUCUCGGCUGCUCAUGGUACACUUGGAACCCACCCCUUUUCCAGGCUUGAUGUGUUGAUAGUCCCUUCCAACUUUUCUAGUCUGGGAAUGGCCAGCCCACACAUCAUCUUCCUGUCACAGAGCGUAUUAACUGGAGGGAGCCAUCUCUGUGGAACACGUCUGUGCCAUGAAAUUGCUCAUGCUUGGUUUGGAUUGGCCAUUGGUGCUCGUGACUGGACUGAAGAAUGGAUAAGUGAAGGGUUUGCUACUUACUUGGAAGAUGUAUUUUGGGCAGUAGCACAACAGCAGCUGCCACAUGAUGAAGCAAGAGAGCAGCAGGAGUUGAAAGCUUUGCUGCGCUGGCGACGGCUCAGAGAUGAGGUGCAGAACUCUGAAGAAGAGCUGCAAGUAUUAAGGCCAAACAAAGAGAACACAGGAGAAGUGAGUGAGUCUGGAACAUGCAUAAUCAAACACGGUCUUAAUGCAGAAAAAAUCUUCAUGCAGGUUCAUUACUUGAAGGGCUAUUUCCUUCUGCAAUCUCUAGCCAAGAGAAUUGGAGAGGCUACAUAUUUUGAAUUUUUAAGAAAGUUUGUGCAGAAGUUUCAUGGACAACUGAUCCUUUCUCAGGAUUUUCUUUACAUGCUGCUGGAGGACAUCCCAGAACAAAAAGGGUACGGGCUAUCUGUUGAAAAUAUCAUCCAGACCUGGCUUGACACUUCUGGAAUACCAAAGCCUUUGCUGGAAGAGUGUCAGACUUGGGACCAGUGUCGAUUAGUCCAGCAAGUGAAUGAUGAGGUCACAAAAUGGAUUCAAGUAAACCAGAGAGCCAGAAAAAGGAGCAAGAGGAAACGAAGGCAGGAUGAAGUGACUUUCCAAAAGCUUCUCCCGGACCAGCUGGUCUUACUUCUGGAAUCUCUGUUGGAGGAGAAGACGUUAUGUCUCAGGACUCUGCAGUGCUUAGAGAAAACAUACCACCUUGAUGAGCAGGAUGCAGAGGUUCGACAUCGGUGGUGUGAGCUUGUUGUUAAACACAAAUAUAGAAGAAGAUAUGCUGACAUUGAGAAAUUCCUCAAGGAAGAUCAGGCUAUGGGUGUCUACCUGUAUGGAGAAUUAAUGGUGAAUGAAGAUGCAAAACAACAGGAACUUGCCUAUAAAUGCUUUGCUGCAACACAAAAACAAAUGGAUGUGUCCUCAGCCAAAGUGGUGGCAGAGAUGCUAUUCUGAAGAGGUGAUUUUUCUUGAUUAAAGUAUUUAAUCCUCAACCUGCUGUGAGAGAAUAUGCACAGCGCAGUAAAUAAACUCUGGCACAAUGUAGAAUUUGCUGAUAUUCAGCUCGAAGAAUCACUCAUUAAAUUUCUUGCAUGUUUUUUUUUCUACACCGUUGCUGGAGCAAUGGAUCAUUGAGGCACAAGGGAUCUAGUUGAGGAGCAUGGAGAAGAGAGAGGUUUUUGUACUAAGACAUAUCUACAUUUAUAACACUUCUUAAACAUGGCUGCAUUCACACCUGCAAAUAGAAAACGUGGUAUGAACUUGCUAGGGGAGGGCAGUUACUGGAGUUGUUUAACAAAAUCUGUGUCCACAUGAGGCAUUGAACUCAUAAACUAGUUAUCCAGAGUGAUUCUGGCAUGAUUCAAAUUAGUGUGGCUUACAUGCUUUUGAGUAUUUUGUGUGAGGAAGUUAAAAUUAGUGUUGGUUAUGCUAGGAAGUACCUGUUUAUAAAGACAUGCUAAUGACUGUCACAUAAAGAUAAACAUUUUAUAGCUUUA